UCGAAAGCAGUCAUGUCUACUGACACGAGAUCACGUCCAACUACAGGCGAGGAUAUCCUCCGUAACCUGCGCAACGUCUUCUCGUCGCUUAACAACAAACUGUUUAAAACUGAGCAACAACAUUUCACCAUGAAUCUAAGCUGUGAAGUUGGCCGUGAACUUGCACUCGAAUGUCAGAAUAAAAUAGCACCCGGUCAAUUAGGAACACUUUUCCAACUGGCGAAAGUGGCUGUUAGUGGAGAAUUUCUUGUUGAUAUUUCCGUUUUGCAUGAAAAUAUUGAGAAGGAUGUGCUGGAUCAUUUGCGUAUUGUGUACGGAACACUGAGUGUUGGUCUGAUGCUGGCUGCAACUGGUGCAGCGUUGGAAGUGCUCAAUGUGGUUCGUGCUAAUUUUCUUCUCAGCAUCGCGUCACUCGCGUGCUUCUUUGCAUUGUGUUUCACACCACACAGCCCGCAGAAUGAGCGUCGCCGAUUCGGCUAUUUUGCUGUUUUCGCGUUCCUAACUGGUAUGAGCACGGGACCACAAAUUGAGGAUGUGAUGCAGCUCAAUCCUUCGAUCCUGCUGACGGCAUUUUUGGGUACAGCGAUCAUCUUCGGAUGCUUUUCAUUGGCCGCUCUGCAUGCACCCUCUACUAAAUUUCUUCAUCUUGGAGGAGCAAUCAGUUCAACGAUAAUGAUCAUGAUAGUGACAAUGCUAUUCGCACGUUCACAGUUGGUGGUGACAAUGGUGUUGUGGAUGGGAUUGGCUGUCACUUGUGCGUUGAUCCUUUACGACACACAAAUGAUCUGUGAGAAACGUCGUCGUGGCGAUACCGAUUACCUAUGGCAUACCAUUGAACUAUUCCUCGACUUCAUCAAUCUCUUCCGUUACAUCCUCAUUCUGCUUAGCGACAAAGAAUUUAUGUUUAUAAAAGCGGCAGUUUCCACUUUUCUGCUUCCUGAUUUUGUUGCAUUCGAAGAUGAAAAUUUCCUCAUACAACAUCAGUCAUUCCGAGUUGAAAGAAUUUGUGACGAUUUUUUGGACGUUUUUUGCGCAUUCGGUGGUGGUCAUGUUGUAAACGCUUCUUUAAUUUGGGUUGUUGUUGUUGUAGCAGGCAGUAUGGUACUGUCGACUUUGGUGGCGGUGAACGAGUUGCGUUCAAUGUUCCCGGCUGCAUACCUGUCACUCUCAAUGGUACCAUUCGCAAGUAUUUCACUUGCAAUGACCGCCUUCAAAUGCUUCAUACCUAGGAGAGUGUUUUUAGCCGCCGAUAACCUUCUGUAUUCAGCGUAUAUGCGAAUGUGUCUCUUUGUUUUCGAGAAUGUCGCCGCAGUCAACAUAAAUUUUUAUGGUGAUGUUGAUGCAGUAUUCACUAAACAAGAAAGUGCGAUUGUCUUGUCGAAUCAUCAGUCUAAUGUUGAUUGGAUCGUUAUAACAAUGAUUGCAAAUCGUCAAAAAGGUAACGAACGCGCUCUUCGAUUUAUGAUUAAAUACGUCAUUCAUUAUUUACCGCUAUUUGGUUGGUACACCUAUCAGCGUGGGUUUAUAUAUGUACGACGACUUGGCGAUGUUAUAUGGUCAGCAGUAGAACAGCAGUUAUCGUUUUUGCGAUCCUUGAAUGACCCGUUCUGGCUUUUGAUUUUUCCGGAAGGAACACGAUUUUCGCCUAAGAAGCGCGCUAUUAUCGAGUCAAGUCAACAGUAUUGUAAACAGAUCGGAAUUCCGGUACUCACUAACGUUCUAACGCCACGCACGAAUGGUUUUGCGAUAGCGAUGAUCAACUUAAGAAAUUCAAUUGAUGCGGUUUACGACAUCACGCUUGCAUACGAUCAGAGCACAGAAGCUGGUCGCGAGAAGCUUGCACCAGACAUGUUUGAAUUCGCAUGUGGUAUUAAUCCAAAACGUACUUUGCAUAUUCACAUUCAACGCUUCAGUGUUAAUGAUUUGCCACAAGAUACAGACGCCCUCAAAAAAUGGCUCUUUUAUCGAUAUGAAAUCAAGAAUCGAAUGCUGCAAGCGUUCUAUGAUGGAGAAGGAUUACCGAAUUUAGCGUUGAAGAACGCGCCACGCGUUUCUUUCGCUGUCACGCUUCCACCGGCCAUAUUCUUCGCUUCCACCCUUAUGGCACCAUUUUUCAGUAAAAUUAUCCGUAAUGUUUAUCUGCUAACUCUUUGUUCAUCACCAGUUCUGAUUCUAUGGAUGCGUUUAUGUGGUUCUGUUUAA